AUGCCUGAAACAACCAUCACGUUUACUGGUGAUACGAGCAAUGCUGCAAAACCAGACAACUAUGAUGUCAAUCACCCUUAUCAUCUCAACAACUCUAAUUCACCUGAAAUGACUCUAGUCAACACUAUGUUUGAUGGAAAAGGAUACCUAGGGUGGAGGAGAUCUACUCUCAUGUCUUUGUCAGCCAAGAAGAAACUUGGUUUCAUCAAUGGAGCAUGUCAACCUCCAGAUCUGAAAUCUCCAGACCAUGAACAAUGGAGUUGUGUGAAUGACAUGGUCAUCUCUUGGAUCCUAAAUGCUCUCUCAAAGGAUAUUGCAGACAGUGUGAUAUACUUCAAAACUGCAAAAGAACUUUGGGACAGCUUGGAGCAGAGAUUUGGGAGAUCAAAUGUAGCCAAGCUUUAUCAUCUACAAAAGGAGUUAUCAGGUUUAGCACAGGAAAACAGUGACAUUGCAGCAUACUUCACUAAGCUCAAACGACUGUGGGAUGAAUUAGAUGCUUUAAAUAUUAUCAUAUGUUGUUCAUGUGUUUGUGUUUGUGAAGGAAAGGCAAAGUUGACUAAGUCUCUUGAGGAUCAGAGAUUGAUCCAAUUCCUAAUGGGAUUAAAUGACAUCUAUGCACAAGCAAGAGAAAAUAUCCUCAUGAUGAACCUUUUUUCUAGCAUAGAUGUUGCUUAUUCACUUCUCUUGCAAGAUAAAAAUCAAAGAGAAGUUUAUGCAAAUGCACAUUUUAAUUCUGAAUCAGUAUCAUUCAUGGCAGUUGGAGAGGCCAAGCAGCCUAAUGCACAACUUCUAGCUGAUUUUGCAGCUUUUAUGAUCACAGGACAAGGGAAGAAUUAUCAGAAACUUAGAAGCCAAACACAAAGAGGAGCAGCCAUAUCACCCAAAUAUAACAACUCAGGGUAA